AUGACUGAUUAUCAGGAGUAUGACCGGGAUGAUAAGCCCGUCUGUAAGGUGCUUCAGCGGAUCCCUGAGAUGGCGAAGACUCGGGCUUCGGGAUGGGGUAAGGUAAAGAUCGAGGUGCUCUUGACAGACGGUACCUCCGAUGAGAUCACAGUCGAUUGCCGCUACUAUGAAGGCCUUCGACUCAAUAUUUUCUUCAUGGGUCAGGCCCAGCGGGACCUCGCCAUAACCUUCGAUGCGAAGGAUUCAACCCUCCGUGAUGGCGAGGGUAAUCAGGUUGCUUGUGCCGUGAAGGUAGAUGGGCGGAACUACCUCCGCACACCCACCUUCAACGAAAUGGUCCAGUAG